AUGGACACUCAGGAGAUUGAGCUCGAAACUCCGGUGUCAAACGUGUUCAGUGCGCCCUCCGUCUACAGGCCUGACGUGCUGGCUGGCAAAUCCUACUCCCAUUUUUCGCCCAUCCCAUCGCAAAUCGCAGAUGACAUGACAAGAGAGGUGGUUCUGGGUGUCGAUGAAGCUGGCCGUGGACCAGUGCUGGGUCCGAUGGUCUACGCACUCCUCUACCUGCCUCUUGAGCUACAGCAGAGUCUUUUAGCUGAAACACACCAUUUCGACGACUCCAAAGUCCUGACUCCGGAAGUUCGCUCUAACUUGAUGCGGAAACUUUGCACGAGGGAAACAGACCUUCAUGCGGCAUGUGGCUGGGCAACCCGCUUGAUGUCCGCUCGUGACAUCUCCGCCAACAUGCUGGCGCCCUCGCAGUACAAUCUGAACGCUCAAGCCAUGGACGCAACAAUAGAUCUGAUCAAAGAGGUCAUGGCCAUGGGAGUCAAUGUCAAGGAGAUAUACAUCGACACCAUUGGCAGGCCAGAAGUGUACCAAAAGAAGCUCGAGAUGAUAUGGCCCACAGUGCGCAUCACAGUGGCCAAAAAGGCCGACAGUUUGUAUCCCGUUGUGAGCGCCGCUUCGGUGUGCGCCAAAGUUACCCGGGAUGCAGCGCUCGAUGCGUGCUAUGAGCCUUAUCAGGUUGCCGCGGACAACGCUGCCGUCAAAGACAAGUCAAAUGGUGAAGGCGUAGUCGCAUGGGGAUCGGGCUACCCGUCUGAUGUCCGCACCACCACGUGGCUGAAGCAGAACAUGGAUCCCGUGUUCGGUUGGGGCAACGAGUGCCGAUUUUCGUGGGGCACAGCCAAAGAACUCCUAGAGGGCAAGAACGCGGACGUCAAGGUAGACUGGCCUGUGGACGACGACGGAAAUGGCGAUAUGCGCAUGACGGAUUUCUUCGCGUCGAGGAACGAGGCGGGGGGAGACGAACUCGUUGAUUGGUUUGGUAAGCGAGUCACGGAGGAAAUGGAAGUCUUCUAG